AUGCUGUUGCGGCGGGUCCCGGGGCUUUCGGGAAGCCGUCGCCGCGGCGGCGAUUGCCGUUUGAAUUUCAAGUUUUUGAGUUCUUUUUCUUUUUCUUCUUUUAAUUUUCCUUUUUUAAUUCAGCUUCCACUUCUUGCCGCUCGAGAUCGCCCGCAGCUUCCGCUGCUGCAGCUGCCCAGCGCUGCCCCCGCAGCAGCUCCUUCCGCACUUCAGCUCGUGGGAAGCAGCAGCAGCAGCAAGCAGGAGCAGCAGCAGCAGCCAGGCCGGAGCAGCAAAAUGGCUAUGCGCGCUGUGCGCAGCCGCCAGUCAGCAGCAGCAGCAGCAGCUGUGGGGCCGUACGCGCGGCCUGCUGCAGCGGGAGCAGCAGCAGCAGCAGCAGCAGCGGGACGCUCCCUGGUCUCAAGACCCAUCGCCGUGAUCGCCCGCAGCAGCAGCAGCAGCAGCAGCAUCAGCAGCAGCAGCAGCAGCACUGCUGGCUUCCCGCUGCAGAAGAAAUAUGGACAACAUCUUCUCAAAAAUCCGGGAGUUCUCGACAAAAUAAUCGCAGCAGCAAAUAUCAACAGUUCAGAUGUUGUUUUGGAGAUUGGGCCAGGCACGGGAAACCUGACGGUGCGACUUUGCGCGUCGGCAGCAGCUGUACGUACACUGGAAAUCGACGCGCGCAUGGCCGCUGAGGUGUACAGACGCUGCAAGGGUUUAGGGUUUACGAAUUUGGAAGUGGAAAUGGGGGAUUGUUUGAAGAAAGAGUUGGGGGUUUUCGACGUGUGUGCGGCCAACCUCCCUUACCAGAUCUCCAGUCCUUUUCUCUUCAAACUCGCGGCCCACAAACACCCCUUCAGGUGCGCAGUGCUGAUGCUGCAGGAGGAGUUUGGGGAGCGUUUGUUGGCUGCUGCGGGUUCCAAAAACUAUUGUCGUUUGACAGUAAAUGUAAAUUUGUUUUUAAAUGUUUCGAGGGUUUGCAAAGUGGACAGAAACUCCUUCCGACCUCCCCCCAAAGUCGACUCCGUGGUGGUCAAAAUAACCCCCAAAAGAGAGGUUUUGCCGGUGGACUUCUACGAAUGGAAUGGUUUGCUGCGUUUGUGUUUUUCAAGAAAAAGAAAAACAAUUAGAUCCAUUUUUAAACAACCUUCUGUUUUAUCUUUUUUGGAAACAAACCACAAGUUGUUUUGUUCUUUAAACAAAAAGCUGCCUUACAGCAGCAGCGAGCUGCAGCAGCAGGUGGCAGCAGCAGCAGCAGCAGCAGCAGCAGCAGACAAACGCAGCGUCAACUUGGCUUCCAACGACUUCUUCUUGCUGCUCCUCGAGUUCCACAAAAGACACAUUUACUUCUCCGCUGCUGCUGCAGCAGAACCCGACAAACAAAAACAACACGGAGUGGAGGAGAUGUUGCUGGAAGACUUCGAUGGCGACGAGGAGGACUCAGGAGAUGAGAAAUAA